UGAACUACUCCGUAUUGUUGUUGUCAAAGUGAAAACCUCAUCCUAAUUCCUGAAUCCUGAUUCCUGAUCCAAUGGCCUCUUCAACUCCGCCACCGCACUGCGCUCUCACCACCUCUAAAUCCUAUCAAAACCAUAACCUCCACCAUAUCCAGAACAACCUCCAACCAAACCGCCGCCACCGCGGCACCUCUCACAAGGUCUCCUUAAGUCGUCCCCCCAACCCAAGAAAUGCUUCGUCCGGCCACACCGCCGCCUACCCUUCUUUCUCUUCCUCCUCCUCUUUUACACCAGAACUCGGCGCUGACUUCUCCGGCCGCCGCUCUACCCGCUUCGUCUCCAAAAUGCACUUUGGUCGCCCCAAGAUUACUGGCGCUGCCAGCCGCCAUACCCCCGCCGCUGAUGAUGCUCUUGAGGAGGUGCUUCGCUUUGCCGGCGAUGAUUGUGCAUUACACACACUGUUCCUCUCUUUCGACUCCAAGCUCUGCGGCACCGAUGAUUAUAUAUUCUUGCUACGGGAGCUCGGAAAUCGGGGCCAAUGGUCAAUGGGGUUGAGAUGCUUCGAAUUCGCUAUUCGCCGGGAAAGAAGGCGCAAUGAGCAAGGUAAGUUAGCCAGCUCAAUGAUUAGUAUUCUAGGGAGACUGGGGAAAGUUGAUUUGGCAGAGAAAGUGUUUGAAAAUGCAGUAAAUGAGGGGUAUGGUAAUACUGUUUAUGCUUAUUCUGCUUUGAUUAGUGCUUACGCCAAGAGUGGUUGCUGUGAUGAGGCCAUUAGGGUAUUCGGGGCAAUGAAAGACUCCGGCUUGAGACCAAAUUUAGUAACUUACAAUGCUUUGAUCGACGCUUGCUGUAAGGGAGGUGCUGACUUUAAAAGGGCUUUGGAGAUUUUUGAUGAAUUGUUAAGAAAUGGGGUUCAACCGGAUAGGAUAACCUAUAAUUCGCUGCUUGCGGUUUGUAGUGGUGCAGGCUUGUGGGAGACUGCCAGGCGUUUGUUUAGUGAGAUGAUUUAUAGAGGUAUUGAGCAGGACAUUUAUACAUACAAUACGCUUUUGGAUGCUGCUUGUAAUGUGGGGCAAAUUGAUGUUGCUCUGGAGAUUAUGUCUGAGAUGCCUGCAAAGAAUAUUUUUCCAAAUGAAGUGACUUAUAGCACUAUGAUUCGUGGGUGUGCCAAGGUGGGAAAAUUUGAUAGAGCCUUGGGCUUAUUUAAAGAGAUGAAGAGCAAAGGUAUAAAGGCAGAUAGGGUAUCUUAUAACACUUUACUUGCUAUAUAUGCUAGCCUUGGUAGAUUCGAGGAUGCAUUAGAUGUCAGUAAGGAGAUGGAGGGCAUGGGGAUAAAGAAGGAUGUUGUCACUUAUAAUGCCCUUCUGGAUGGGUUUUCCAAACAAGGGAUGUAUAAUAAGGUUAAGGAGUUCUUUGCCAAAAUGAAACAAGAAAAUCUUUCACCAAACUUGCUAACAUACUCAACAUUAAUUAGUGUGUACUUCAAAGGAGGUUUAUAUCAGGAGGCUGUGGAGGUUUAUAAGGAGUUUAAGCGACAAGACCUGAAGGCAGAUGUUGUUUUCUAUAGUAAACUUAUUGAUUCCCUGUGUAAGAAAGGUCAUGUUGAGUCUGCUUCUUUGUUGAUUGAUGAGAUGAUGAAGGAGGGAAUACUACCAAAUGUUGUUACAUAUAAUUCUAUAAUCAAUGCCUUUGGUUUGGAUCCAAGCAUUGUAUGUUGUUCAUUGGAUGGCAUCACCAAGGUUGAAUCCUCCUCAACAGCUGUGGUUUCCAGAGAAGUUAAGACAAUGAGGAGGGGGGAUGAUAGAGAGGAAUCAGAUGACUGCAUCAUAAAGAUCUUCAAACAGUUAGCUACUGGGAAAUCUGUCAACUUAAAUAAUAACAAAACUUACAGACAGGACUUGCUUUGUGUAUUGGGAAUUUUCCAUAAGAUGCAUGAAUUGGAAAUAAAACCAAAUGUUGUCACUUUUUCGGCAAUCUUGAAUGCUUGCAGCCGUUGUAGUUCAUUUGAAGAAGCGUCAUUGUUGUUGGAGGAACUCCGAAUAUUUGAUAAUCAUGUUUAUGGAGUGGCACAUGGACUUCUCAUGGGUCAUUGUGAAGAUGUAUGGGUGCAAGCUCUAUCUCUUUUUGAUGAGGUGAAGCAGAUGGACUCCUCAACUGCAUCUGCAUUCUAUAAUGCUUUGACUGACAUGCUGUGGCAUUUUGGUCAGAGACGGGGUGCACAAUUGGUUGUGCUAGAAGGUAAACGUCGGAAUGUGUGGGAAAAUACGUGGUCCAAUUCAUGCUUGGAUCUGCAUUUGAUGUCUUCGGGGGCUGCACGUGCUAUGGUGCAUGCAUGGCUGCUUAGCAUACGCACCAUUGUUUUUGAAGGGAAUGAGCUACCAAAGUGGUUGAGCAUUUUGACAGGAUGGGGUAAGCACAGCAAGGUAAUGGGAGAUGGGGCGCUGAAGCGUGCCAUUGAAGCGCUGCUCAACAGCAUUGGAGCACCAUUUGAGAUAGCAAAGUGUAAUAUCGGGAGAUUUGUAUCAUCGGGGGCUGUCGUCGCAGCCUGGUUGAAGGAAUCAGGCACACUCAAGGUGCUUCUGCUUCAGGAUGACAGGACACCACCACUGGAAACCACCACAUCCACAUUUAAUAAUUGCAUUCCAAUUUCAUAGCCUAGCCUAGCAUAGCCCUAGUCCCGUUGUUGUUGUAUCAUCAUAUCCAUGACAUGGUGAUUGGUAUUUUUUUUUUUUUUUUUUUUGGGGUUGAUAUGUAAGUAUAGGCUAUUUAUUUAUGUUUGUUGUUGCGGGUGGCAGAACGGCAGAAUCAAUUCAAAUGGGAAUGAGUGAAUGAAUGAAUGAAUGGAUGGGUUAAAACUUAAA